AUGGAGCUGGACAACGCUACGGUGACAGACAUGUCCUCUCUCAUGACAUUCGCUUACUACUAUGCCAAUGUCCAUGGCUACAUAAGCAUUUGUGUUUGUGCGUUUGGGAUCGUCACGAAUUUCUUCAAUGUCACAGUUCUGACGCGGAAGAAUAUGAGGACACCAACGAACUACAUUCUCUCCUGGUUGGCCGUAUCUGACAUCAUCACCAUGAUAUCUUACGUGCCAUUUGCUGUGCAUUUCUACUGUUUUUAUCCCCCUGGCCAAAUAUCAGAGGAGAAAAACAACUUAUCUUGGAUGACACUUAUGCUGGUUCACGUGAAUUUAUCAGCUACUACUCACACGAUAUCGAUAUGGCUGUGUGUGGCGCUGGCAAUCUUCAGAUAUCUCCACAUAAGAAAUCCAAGCAAAGGUCAGGCAACCAGGCGUCGACGUCUAGCUCGGACCAAGCUCAUAAUCCUUAGCACAUAUGUAGCAUCUGUGAUUGCUCUUAUACCUAAUUACAUGUCCAACGUCCUGGAGAGAAUACACGACAAUGCCACCGAUCAGGUUGUCUUUGUGUUCAAGGACACUAAGCUUGGCAGUGGAGAGACCGACCCUAUGUACCUGAUAAAUGCCUGGCUGUACUCAGUAACCGCUAAAAUAAUCCCCUGUAUUCUCAUGUCCAUAUUUGGUGCCCUCCUCAUUUACAACAUCCACUUUAAGAACAGAAGUAGAAGGAAACGCUUGGUGAUAUCCGGAGCCAGCAGUCUGCGCCUAUCGGAACAUUCCAGAACGACCAAAAUGCUACUCACCGUCAUCGUUUUAUUCCUAGUCACGGAAUUUCCUCAAGGUGUACUCGUCAUCUUAAGUGCUGUGCGUCCGCAAUUCUUUGAAACGAUAUAUCUUCCAUUGGGUGACGUAAUGGACAUUGUAGCUUUGAUCAACAAUGCGAUCAACUUUGUUCUGUAUUGCACGAUGAGUGCUCAGUUUAGGAGGACGUUUUUAAAACUCUAUUGCAGGUUUCCAUCUAAGAACACUGCUUCUUCUACGACGUACGCUGCGUACGAUAAGCAAGACAGCAACAGUCCGAAUAGCCCUCAUUCUUAA